GAGAAGUCUCAUUCAGCAAUAUGUCACCACGACCAGGCUGCAAGAUCUUAAAUCCUGUAAGGAUUCAAUGUUCAUAAACCCAUGCGUCUGAAGGCACUGUCUUUAUGGUGUAUUUGCCACUCUAAUAAUGACUUAUUGUCUUCGUCAAAAAACCUGCUAAUGGACGGCAGACCGAAGGAGCUUUACUCACAAAGACAACACACAUCAGCUGUAAGACAUCGACAAACAUGUAGGGUAAACGAGGGUGCUGAAUGCCUUUCCCAACCUUCUAACGGGACAAAUAAAAGGAUCCCCAAGCGAGGAGGACACUUCAGUUCUCCCUGCAGAGAUGAUGAUCAUGUUCCAUUUUAUACUUUGGUCUUGGUGCUUGUGUUCUCUGUAUGUACACGCUUUUACAAGAUCACUGAGCCUCCACAUGUAUGUUGGGAUGAGACUCAUUUCGGGAAAAUGGGAAGUUAUUACAUUAAUCGCACCUUCUUCUUUGAUGUCCAUCCACCCCUUGGAAAGAUGCUGAUCGGCCUUGCUGGAUAUCUGACAGGCUAUGAUGGCACCUUUCCCUUCAUAAAACCAGGGGACAAAUAUGAGCACCAUAACUACUGGGGAAUGAGAGCGUUCUGUGCAGCUCUGGGUUCCUGCCUUCCUCCUUUUGCCUUUCUUAUUGUCAUGGAGCUGUCGCAUUCUCCACCAGCAGCGCUAAUCGCAGCCUCUCUUCUUAUUUUUGACACUGGCUGCAUCACCUUGUCUCAGUACAUUCUCCUGGAUCCCAUUCUAAUGUUUUUCAUCAUGGGCUCUGUUCUGUGCAUGGUCAGAUUCAACACACAGAGACUCAGGUCUUUUAGCUUCUCCUGGUGGCUCUGGCUGCUUCUGACGGGGGUCUGCCUCUCUGGUUCUCUGGGAGUGAAGUUUGUGGGGCUAUUUGUCAUACUCUUGGUGGGAAUCAACACAGCAUUUGAUCUGUGGAGGCUACUUGGGGACCUCAGCUUGUCUCUGGUGGAUUUUGGGAAGCACUUACUUGCUCGAGUUUUCGGGUUGAUAAUGCUCCCGUUGUUCCUGUACACUACAAUAUUUGCCGUCCACUUCAUUGUCUUAAACAGAAGUGGUCCUGGGGACGGUUUCUUCAGCUCUGCUUUCCAGUCUCGCUUGAUUGGAAACAAUCUCCACAACGCCUCCAUGCCGGAGUAUCUGGCGUAUGGCUCUGUCAUAACAGUGAAGAAUUUGCGAAUUGCGGGAGGAUAUCUGCACUCUCACUGGCACCUUUACCCAGAGGGGGUUGGAGCUCCUCAGCAGCAGGUUACAGCCUAUUUGCACAAAGAUUAUAACAACCUGUGGUUGGUCAAGAGACCUGACAACUCUGACGAUCUCACAGAGUCAUCAGAGCUGGUCCGAAAUGGUGACAUCAUUAGACUGGAACACAAAGAAACUACAAGGAAUCUUCACAGUCAUUUCCAUGAAGCUCCACUGACCAAAAAACACCUGCAGGUCACAGGAUACGGCAUUAAUGGAAGCGGAGACAUGAAUGACUUGUGGCAGGUGGAGGUGUGUGGAGGGAGAAAGGGAGAUCCGGUGAAGGUGCUGCGUAGUAAAGUGCGCUUUCUCCAUCGCUCCACGGGUUGCGUGCUUUGCUCCUCCGGAAAGACCCUACCCAAGUGGGGAUGGGAGCAAGUGGAGGUCACAUGUAGCCCAUAUGUCAAAGAGACCCCCAACUUGCAGUGGAACAUUGAAGAUCACAUCAACCCUAAAUUGCCCAACAUCAGUCUUUUAGUGCUCAAACCCACUUUCCUGGAGAUCCUCUGGGAGUCUCAUAUUGUGAUGAUCAGGGGAAACAGUGGUUUGAAAGCUAAAGACAAUGAGGUGAACUCUAAGCCCUGGCACUGGCCCAUCAACUAUCAGGGUUUGAGGUUUUCUGGAGUAAAUGAGACGGAGUACCGUGUUUAUCUACUCGGGAACCCUGUUAUCUGGUGGCUGAAUCUAUUGAGUCUGGCUCUAUUUGUUGUCAUGCUGACCGUGGCUUCUUUAGCCGUACAGAGAGGAGUGAAGAUGGAGGGAAUGAGGAAAGUGCACUGUCAUGCUCUCAUGGAGGGUGGUGGGAUGCUGCUUUUGGGCUGGCUGUUACAUUACCUCCCGUUCUACAUCAUGGGUCGCAUACUCUACUACCACCAUUAUUUUCCUGCCAUGCUGUUCAGCAGUAUGCUUACAGGUAUUACUCUGGACAUCUUCCUUCAGAAUUUUCAACUUCUCUUUAGUUCAUCCAUAUCCCAUUAUCUUCUGAGGGGAGGUCAAUCUAUACUCUUGUUAGGGUUCAUCUAUAGCUUUUACCUCUUUCACUCUCUCUCCUAUGGCAUGAGGGGGCCGCUGGCACAUGACCCUGCCUCCUCUAUGGCCGGCCUCAGGUGGAUGGAAUCCUGGGAAUUUUAGACAACAUUUCUAUUCAAUUUUAGACCAUUUAUCUUGGGCCUUAAAAUGUUUUAAAUAUUAGUUGUUACAAGUUGACUGGAUCAUUCAUUUCAUUGUUGAAGGACAGCCUUUACUCUGUUGUUAUGCUGUGAUGAAACUUUUUAAAAUAGUAUUUUAAAGUUAUAGUAUUUUACAGUCAUAAUUUUUUUAUAGUGUUUACAUGCGUUUGCUUCUCUGAAAUAAACUGAUAGAAGUAAUAAAGUGCCUUUCAGAUUUCA